GGCAUCUCGGUGUAGCAUCAGCCCGUUCGACGUUGGAGAAUUUGAGUGACGCGCUUGUAGAGUAAAAAGGACCUGGUAUAAGAGACGAGACUCGCCAGCCCACUCAGGGUCGGCAAUGUAACCUUUGCUUCCGUUGUCCCCCGUUGUCUCUUCUGACUCCAGAUAAUCGCGCAAGGGUCCCGUCAAUCUACUCUCCCACAUCUCCUCCCUCCUCCCCGCCGAGGCCAUCCUCACGUUCAAUCCCUCUCAAGAUGCGAUCUUUCACCCCUCUCCUCGCCCUCGCGGCCUCGACAAUGGCAGCCGCAGCAGAGACGCUCCUCUACAGCAACCCCCUCAACUCGACCUCGGACGUCGCCACUUGGGUCGCCGAGGGGCCUCUCAACUUCACCGCCGUGGACUCCUCCAUCGAGCUCGCGGGAGCCGGCGCCGAGGCCGACUACUUUGUCUGGUGGGUGCCCGAGGUCUUCCCCGACGGCAUCCGCAUCACCUGGGAGUUCUCCCCGCGUGCCGAGCCGGGCCUCGCCAUGUUCUUCUUCGGCGCCGCCUCCGCCGCCGACGACGGCAAGGGCUCCAUCUUCGACCCGUCCCUGAAGCCGCGCAACGGCAGCUACCCGCAGUACCACUCCUCCGACAUCCGCACGCUGCACGCGUCCUACUUCCGCCGCCGCUGGCCCGAGGAGCGCGCCUUCCACGUCGCCAACCUGCGCAAGUCUCCCGGUUUCCACCUCGUCGCCCAGGGCGGCGACCCGCUGCCGCCCGUCCCGGACGCGGCGGGCGCCUUCUACAAGAUCGAGGUCGUCAAGGACAAGCGCGAGGUCAGCUUCUCCAUCAACGGCCUGCCCAUCUUUGAGUUUUACGACGACAAGUCGACGGGCCCCGUCAUCCGGGACGGCCGGAUCGGGUUCAGACAGAUGCAGCCGCUCGUUGCGCGGUACCGCAACCUGCAGGUGUGGAAGUUGUAGGAU